CAGGUACAGAGGUACAUAGAAGCUACAGCAAAAGCAACAACAACAACCACACGUUCACAACCCACAAAAUCACCCAACACCAAGAAGCAGCAUUUGAUGUUUUUUGAGCAUUGCAUUUAGAUUUUGGGACAGCAUACUUACUAAUCAACAUGAACAUGCCACCGGAAGCUGUUGACGAUUAUGAUGUCAGCAAAAGCAUGGAUUUUAAGGAAACUGAGCUCACCUUAGGACUGCCUGGUCGUCCACGACGUUGUUCUUCAUCAGCAGCUGAUCAUUUCUUCGGAGGAAUCAAAGGUGGUAGCUGCAGCAUGAAACGUGGGUUCAUGGAGAUCGUUGAUCAGAAUAUUGGCCUGGAAAGCUUUACCAGCUGCGAGCCACGUAGCCAAAUCAAAGUGGAUCAGAAGUUGGAAGCUCAUUUCAACAACUGCUCCUCCUCCAGCUCAAGUAGCAGGACAACUACUGCCGUGAAAUCCCCAGCUGCAAUGGCAAGAGUAGUUGGGUGGCCACCAGUGAGAUCGUUGAGACAGAAGGCGUUGGUGGAGAGCAAGAUGAAGAGCAAGAACAAGAGCACGUAUGUAAAAGUGGGUGCAGAUGGAGCUCCUUACUUGCGGAAACUAGACUUAGACAUGUACAAAAGUUAUCAGGAGCUAUUGAGAGCCUUAGACCAAAUGUUCCCUUCCUUCAUUACAAGCGGCAAAUAUGUAGAGGAUACUACUAGCAACCAGGAGCAGCUUAUGAAACCUGCAGUGAAAGGAAUGGAUGAAUAUAUGGUGGUGACAUAUGAAGACAAGGAUGGGGACUGGAUGUUAGUUGGAGACGUCCCUUGGAAAAUGUUUAUAGAAUCAUGCAAGCGUAUUCGGUUGAUGAAAAGUUCAGAGGCUGUUGGGAUAGCUCCAAGGACGUCUCAGGUUCUGCCACAGUGAAAUGAAUGGUACUGAUCAAGCACAUGUAUGUGCAUAUAUUAGAUGGGCCCUGUGUUUUUCUUAUUAAUUAGGACCAUAUCAGUGUUUAGGAUCCAACACAGACACCUCCUUUUUCUGGUUUUCUGUUUUUUUUCCCAUCAGUGAGAAUAAGAGAGAAAUCUAGAUUGUACCCUUUUCUUUUCACCUUUUUAUUCCAAUUUCGUGUCUUUCAGUGGA